AUGCAUUCUACCGUAUCAUACGGUUUCGUUACACAAAACUGGAAAUGUGAUUGGCAUGAUCCAUGUUCAUGCUACCCCAGGGCCCAUGCCUUCAGGCUGCCACAUUCCGAUUUCCAAGGCAGUCCUCGCAGCAGUCAUUCAGUACAAGAGAUCGUUGACAUAGCAUGCAAAGAGGCGUUGUUAUACAGGAAUGCUGGAGUGGAAGGUCUGAUCGUGGAGAACAUGCACGACGUUCCCUACCUCCACACCUCCCAGGUGGGGCCUGAAGUCACCUCCGUUAUGUCCGUGGUGUGUCACGAGGUCAAGCGCAUCUUCUCCCAUGCUCCCGUGGGUGUCCAGGUGCUUGCGGGGGCCAACACACAGGCAAUGGCUGUGGCGAAAGCUGCUGGUUUACAAUUCAUUCGAGCAGAGGGAUUUGUAUUCUCUCAUGUGGCUGAUGAAGGGUUAAUGAACGCAUGUGCUGGCGAGGUCAUGAGGUACAGAAAGUCUAUCGGGGCUGAUGACGUUGCUGUUUAUACGGACAUCAAGAAAAAGCACUGUGCUCACAGUAUCACCAGCGACGUGGACAUUGUGAGCAUUGCCCAGGCGGCGGAGUUCUUCAUCAGCGAUGGGGUUGUUGUCACAGGGGGCAGCACUGGACAGGCAGCGAGUGUGGCCGAGGUGAAAGCUGUUUUAGGUGGUGUGAACAUUCCAGUGCUUGUAGGCUCUGGUGUUACCAUUGACAACUUUCAUCAGUACCGUCAGGCACAUGCUGUCAUCGUUGGCUCGCAUUUCAAGAGAAUGGGGAACUGGGAAAAUCCAAUUGACGAGGCGAGGUUGCAGGCCUUUAUGGAAAAAGUGGAUCGUAUACGAUGCUCUCCAACUGAAUCUACUAUGAUUAUGUAACUUUUUACAAUAUUAAGGCAGUAUUUCUGCAAGUAGGUAGAGAAUAAGCAAAAAGAGAAAGUUAUAGAUUCUCAAAGCAUUUAUCACUUUUUAGUACAGUCACCUAUUACUGUAAUUUAGGACCUAUAAGAUGGGACGGUACAUAAGUAAGCCCCCUACCCUCUAACAUACACACACACGAAUUUGUUUAUGUGAGUCUUUGAAAUUUAACGAUGAAAACAACACAUAUAGCUCUUGCACUAGAUGUGUAUGAGAUAAAAAUGAUAAAAAUCAAACAUCACACACUCGAAAAAUCGUGUUUGAUAAGUUAAAGUUUAGAAGCAAAAUGUGUCACGAUACCAUGAAAUCAGGUGCUCAUCUAAAACUUGUUUAUUUGUCUUGCUUUGAAAAAUACCCAUCUAAUAGAAGUUGAGAUGUAUUUGUCUUCUAUUGAAGAACAAAUAUACUGAAAUUUACAUUGCUAAAUAAAUUCAAUGAAGACGGUGGCUAUUUAUAUUAUGUACUCCAAGUGUUGGCCAUUAUUUUCUCCACACAAGCUUGAAUAUGCCGCCAGAAUUUUGAAUAACUCUGUAACAUGUUUGUAGAUCGAUUCUUUGGAUCUCACUUUCAACAUUGGGGUUUUCAACUGUUCAUUUGAUAGAGGAUUGUUUCUGUAGACUCUAUGUUAAAAAACCCAAAUGAAAUUUAUAACUGAGAGGUUUCAGGGUGGGGAAAUGCAGUGGCCGUUCGUUUGUUAGAUUUUGGCAUUGUAAAGCAUUCCCCAAACCCUUUUUUGCACCAUGCAAGGGUCACCCUUGAUGUGUGUGUGUGUGGCUCCACCCUGCUGCAACCAGGCCUCCUCAACAACAUAAGCUCUUCUCCUCCCCUAACAUCUCCACAAACGUCUCCAAAAAUUUCUAAGCAUGGUGAGAUAUCCAUUUGAUGGAAUGUUCAUGGUUUUGCAAUCUUUGUCCUGAAACCAGAUUGGGCUGAUCACGCCCCUGUAAAUGAAUGCCUUUAAGAAGUUGUAAGUUUUGCACUAUACGCAGUUUUGAUAAAAAUGUUUGAAACUUGGUAUUUCUCGAACUCGUUAAUUGAUUUUCUUCAUACUGACAAAUUCAGCUUUCCCUUGGUUGAAGAUGCUCUUCACUGAUAGUCCGCCGACUGCAUUCACAGGACUGUAUCUUAUGGACUAAAAGUUACAAUAUCAAAAUGUUUACAUUUUUUAUCUGAUGUAUGUUGGGGUGCUCACAUCUUACAUCAAUUUGUUAUUCACAAAUAGUUGUUACUCUUUUACAAUGUAACCUUUUUCUGUGAUUCACAAUCAGCAAUUUAUUAGUUGUACAAUCGUGAUGUUUAUAAAACAUUUUUCCUCUUUUUUAGAGGAUGCUUUCUAGUAAAUCCUGUUUUUCUCAUGAUUUUUCUUGCAUUGAUUUGGAAUACUUAUGGUCAAUUAGGAUUGCAAAUCUCGUUGUGGGUCACUGGUUGUACAGAAUUGUGUAUUCAUGGAGACAGAUAUUGGUGUAUUUAUUGGAUUCCUGGUGUUCGGAUGAGACAAAGAUUUGUAAUUGAUUAUCUAAAUAGAAUGUUUCAUAUGUUGAUUACAUCUUCCAGUUUAAAUUGAUAUGUUUCUUGAUUGUUUUUUGGAAAAGACCAUUAUUCUGAGGUUUUUUUAAUUUUAAAGGAGCUGGAAUUUGUUAUUUUCUUUUGUUUUGUGCUUUAUUUGAGUUGAUUUAUGCCCCUCGAAACACAAAUAGAGGGCAUGUCAAAGGCGAGUCUCAGUCUUUAAGGUUUCAAUGAACCUUUUUUUAAUGGCUUGUCAAGAAGUAUUAGCUCCCCCCCCCCCCAUUGUUAAAGAUUUGUUUGUGAUUUUCCUUAACAACUCACAGACUCCUUCAUUGUUUUAACUGGAUCAGUGUCCCAUAUGUAGAAGGAGAGGAGUCAUCAGAUACAUUAGCAAAACUAUAAAAAAAAUGAAGACAAGGGCUGUGUCGCUGAAAACAAUAUGAAAGCCUAAAUCUGCUUAUUGUUUGCAUCCAGGGGCUCUUUUGAUAUCUUGAAAUUGGAGUCAAAAUUUUUUGUACCCAAAAAAACCCAAAUAAGACUAUAUUUGAAAAGGACCAGCCGUAACACCUUUGGGCUUGAGCAGCUCUUGUGUCUUGUGGCUGAAUUAAUUCCUAGGCAGGGGGAGACUAGACGCUACAUCAACACUUUUUGCUGUUACUGCUGAUUAUUUUAGUCCACUUGUGGUAAAUGUUUUUUGUUUUUCCUCUUUCAAGUUUUAUAGGCCUACUUCUUCUAUUGAAGUGAUUGAGGGACAUGUGUUUCUUUUAUGUCAUUGCUACAGUUACUAAUAUCAAAAUACGUUUUUAAUGUAAGGUUGAAAUAUUUUUGUUAUAAUACGCAGCAGGUUAUGAGCAUGCCACUUGUUUUGAUUCCAGUAUUACAUGUUUACAUUUGUUGUUGUUUUUUAGCAUUAUGAUUUGUGGAUUUUAUUCCACUUAAUCUUAAUCUUCUGCUUUUUUUUAUUCCUGUGAUGGUAAUCAUUUUAUCUAGUUGUUUGAUAAUACUAAUAAUUCAGUCCCUCAUCUGUUUCGGAGCUUUAGAGAAACAUUCCCAUUUAAUGAUUUAUGCAUUCUCCUCACUUUUCCAAGACUAAUUUUAGUAUGACAACAUGCCUAAGCAAUUUGUUUUUAAUCUUACAAGUUAUGGAUUCCUACAAGCACAAGAAGCAUUGCAGGGCUUAGAUGAGAAGGUAGGAGUAGGAAACACACAAAAAAAGUGAUUAAUUUUUCAGUCCCAUGAUUCGAUACUUCAAAUUAUCCUGAAAUAUAUAAACUACUUUUAUACUCCUCACAAAAUUUACAAAAAUUACCGCUUGGAUUUACUUCAAAACUUAUUUGAAAGACCCGUGCUUGACUUUGUACCACAGUGACUUUGAUUGAUACCUAAUUUGUCCAAUCAUGAGAGCGUAUGUACAUGAAAUUAUUUUCAGUCCUUCUAUUUUAACAUUUUGCGUACUAUAUAUAUAUUACUGUAUUUAUUGUCACUAUCACAUGCAUUGUCUCAUAAGUGAUUUCACUUUUAUAAGAUGUACAGUCAAAACUUUCUCAGAUGUGCCACCAAUUUUCGAGGAAAAGAGUGGUCGUCUUAGGCAGGACUGACAAAAAUGAAGAAAACUAACUACAGUAGUAUCUGCCCAAGAUCCCACCGUCUAUGAUCCCAGUUCGCCUAAGAUUCCAGUUUGCCUAAGGUCUUGCUGUUUUAAGAAAACAUAAUUUUUACUCUAUAAAAGUCACCCUAAGAUCCCGCUCUGAUUCACUCGGAAGGUCUACAUUCGGCAAAGAUCCAGCUUUUCAAAUCAUAAUUUACGGAGCAAAAACCUGGGCGGAUGCAGCCGAUCAACUAAGAGUGAAAAGUCAAGUUUAUUGAACUGCCCGUUUGGUCAAAGAUCAGCCACUCUCACGAAUGUGAUCAUAUAAACGUUGUAAAACUCGAUGAAGCGGAACAAUGUUUGCCCCAAACAGGAUCAUGCCGAGGUGGGAACUGACUGACGCGUUUGUUUACUCCAAACUAUACACUCGCAUCUGAGCUCUCCACCUAAACUAACAUCAUUCGCUGGCUGGGUAGGGCCUACACGUUUGCUCCAGGCCGGAUUCACAUCGAACUGUAAACUCUUCCUUGACCAUUGCAGCUGUAAAUUUGCAAGACAGACUAAAUUUUAAUUGGUGUGGUCACAACGUUAUAGGGUGUGUAACGACAAAGGCGGGGGAACUCGGUUAGAAAUGUAAUGGAAAGCUAUAAAUUUUAGACAUAUAUAAGGGGGGGGGGGGGGCAACUGGAUAAGCCUAAAACUUGAGACUCUAUUUGAUAGGAUAGUAACCGUAAAUGGUAUGCUUCAAGCCACUGUGAUUGGUCAUAGAGGUAAACCACUCUUUGCUCAACAGAAUUUGUCAUAGACCCACCCAGGUGGUACGCCAGUUCAUUUUAGAGUGGAGGGAGACCAUUUUACCUGUUGUGGGCCUUAACAUGGGUCACCAUAGGUUCUUUUCUUAGUCCGUCGCCUAAGACCCCACAUUUUCCUUGCUCCGGAGCACCGGGAUCUAAGGCGGAGACUACUGUAUUCCUUUCUGAAGUCCCAACUGGAGGAUGUCACAGGCUUAUAACUGCCAUACCGUAAGGCAGGACCCAUUAUAAUAUGUUAGCAACUGGUCAACUUGUGUAAACAGUGGGAGGAGUCAUAGCCUGACCUUUGAAGCAUGAUGGUCAGUGAUUGGUUCUGGCUAACAAUGACGGCAGUGAAUGGAUUAUUAGAGUGAAUGGAUUGUCAUGUCAGAGGCCGAUGAAUAAUUAAAAGCAAAGCGUCGGGCAAGAAGAGAUUUUCGUGGCCAUCUUAGACAAGUUUUUUGCUAUUGAUUGAUGAAAUGUUGUGGCUACACCUGUGUUGGAGAGGAUUUUGUUUAAUGCAGUACUAUUAUAUAGAAAAAACACAAAAGGGAAAAUGGAAAGAGGCUUUAAGUAUAGCUGGCUGUCAUAUGUUUAUGUCUUGGCAGGUUUGACUGUAUUUCCGUAAGGAGUGCUUUUUUUGUUUUUAAAUCUACUGUUAAUCACCACAUUCCAUUACCUUGCUGGCAGCCUUAAUGUUAAAUCCUUCCUUCCGCCAGUAAAUAGCUUCCAGUUGAUUUCAUAGUCAGGAUGAAAUUUUGUGUGAAUGUUUCCAUAAUGUUACUAAGGGUAAAUAUGUUGUAGUUUAGAAACUGUGCAGUAAAGAAUUGAAUUGAUCACUACUUACUACUUACUGAAACAUUUACAUUUACUCAGCCACUGGUACAUAUUGUAUAUCCAGCUUCUGUGGUGUAGCUGUUGAACGCUUAGCUGUCACAUAAGGGAGAUCUGAGUUGAUUCCCAAGUGGGGAGAAUUUCUAUUGAGAAUCUCAGUCUUUCUGAUGGCAAGCUGUAUCCCUCUCAGGUCAAAGUCCACCUUCUAAAUGAUUACAAUUUUGUUGAUUGGGGCACAAAAACACCUAUAUUAAAAAUGUUUAAGAAAUAUUUAGAACAGCUGUAUGUGUUGCUUUACUCUACAGAUCUAUCUCUAUUAGGGUUCAGUUAUCGUAUUAGAACCUGUCAAAGAGAUCUCUGACUCCAAGUAUCCUUGCCCAGGUGUUUGUGUGAAGACGCCCGCCACACAUUUUAGGGGAAAUAUGUUGAACACACAGUCUGUGUGUUUUCAGAAUUGGGGUACAUGUUAUCAGUGUGUUUUUAGAGAUGGGCAUGUACACUGAGACAACAAGCUGACCUUUUGUUGCUACCUCUAGUCAAUAGUUUCUGAUUUUUUAUCACUCUGUAUGCAACACUAUACAUGUACUUGAGGUGCAUAUUUUGAAGAUGUCACUCACUGCCUUUGAUUGAAGUUUACCCUAUUGGUGCUCACCUGUCUUUUGUAUUUUGACAGUGAACUGAAGCUGAAAUGGAUAAUAAAACUAGAUUUUUCAAUUAAA